AUGCCGAUCUCAAAGAACUCCUCUGCCUCUGCCUCUGCUACUAGGCCUCUUGCUUCGGCAGAUAUGUCACUGACUCCGUGCACACCUCACACACAUGGAGAUAGAGCAAAUGGUCGUUUACACAAGCGAUCCCGGUCUGGCUGCUUCACAUGCCGCCUACGUCGGAAGAAGUGCGACGAGAAACACCCUGCCUGCAGCGCCUGUGUCAGUCUUAAUGUGCGAUGCGAAUACAAACUCCCGGUCUGGUGGGCAAAUGCGGAGAAACGGAGAGCCCACAGGGAGCGCAUCAAGAACAGGAUCAAGGAAACCAAGACGCUGGAGCGAAACGGUAUCCGCUGUGACCCAAUAAAUCGUCAUCGCCAUAUGUCUGCGGGAUCGCCAAUUUCACCUGUGCACGAACAUGGUCGCCCCAGGCACAACGAGUCCUACGAUCUUUUCUCAUCCCAGCUGCCUACUCCUGGGCUAGGAAGUGCUCCUCGUGGACCUUACGUACCUUCCUAUGAGGUCGAUGUGCGAACCGAACGGCAGACAUUUAUCAACGAUGUGCCUAUGCGUCAUGAUACUUCGACAUCGACAUUCAGUGCAUUUGCACCUCCCCAAAUCAGUGCUCCAAUGCCAACUUUUUCUGGUGAUGAAUGGUUUGAAGAUGAAUAUUUCGCUCAGGCCUCAAAUGGUGCCAAUACGCGAGGUAUCAACCCUAGCCUUGAUCACACAUGCGCAUUUUUACAAAGCAAUAUUGCUAUCAGCGAUCAUGAUCGGCCACUUCUCGAUCACUUUAUCCAAAAUGUGCUACGCCAGAUUUUCCCCGUUCUAGAAACUCACCAAAAGGGACACUUGCGCGCGCAAUCAAUUCUCCGCGCUCUGGAGACAAAUAAGUGCUAUCUUCACUGUUGUCUGAGUGUCGCUGCCAUCCACCUUAAGACUACGGAAGGAUUGGUCGGUGAGCAAAUUGACCAUGAUAUCAUGCGGCACCGUUUUGAAGCCAUCUCUAAACUAUGUGAGGCUCUGGGAGAAGAUGUUAAUCACAACGAGAUCCUGGAUGCGACCCUUGCCAUGAUCUUCUUUCACUGCGCUGUUGGCCCUUCGGAUGACUACCUCCCUGAUAUUCCGUGGUUUGAUCAUUUCCAAGCUGCAUCAAAUCUUGUGGCCAGACUCGAACUUCCUUCUGCAACAGUUAAGCACUCUGGCGGAUACCUAGUCGCCCCAUUUAGUAUGAGCUUAACUUCUUGGAUUGAUAUCCUUGGCUCGACAAUGGUGGGCAAGACUCCCGAAUUUGCUCAUCAGUAUCGAUCAAAGCACCUGAGUGGAGCAUCCUCUGGCUUAUGCGAAUUGAUGGGAUGCGAUGACCGCGUCAUGUAUCUCAUCUCUGAGAUUGCUUGCCUAGACUCUCUUAAGAGCGAAGGUCGCAUCGGUGACUCGGCUGUCUCUUAUCAUAGUAAAGCGCUGGCGGAACAACUCGAGCACACAAAGCCCGCCGAUCCCACGCUGGAGAACGCAUUCUCACCUGCAACUGGAGCCAUUCGCCCUGAAGCCCUGACAAAGACCAUGACUCACAUCUUCCGGAUCGCAGCUCAAAUCUAUCUUUCUAGCAUCGCACCUGGCUUUGAUACCAACCAAGUAGACGAGAGCUUGAUCGCUGCAGUAAUAGACGCGCUCCGAUUCAUUCCUGCCGGUCCCCAUGGCUACGAUCGCUCUCUUGUCUGGCCACUGCUUAUGACCGGCUUGUUUUCCAAAUCAUCGAGCCCCUUCCGAUCCGUGAUCGCCGAUCGCGCUACUGCGCUGGGUGACCAUGGGGACCUCGGUAGCUUCGGACGCAUGUACCGCCUCCUGCAUGAGGUGUGGCGUGUGACGGACGACCCUUACAACUCCUCUCAGAUCUCGUCUGGAGAGAACCCCUACAACUCCUCGCUUACUAGUCCGAUUUCCAGGCUUGACAACUCGAACUCCACCUCUGGCGCUGGCGCCACUAUGGGUGGACGGGAAAUCAAGAAGCAACAAGUCCACUGGAGGGACAUCAUGAAGCGGAAUAAUUGGAACUACCUACUUAUUUGA